UCUCCCUUCCCAGGAGCCAUCAGCUGGUAGCCCACAGGGGUGCGGACAGCAAAGCUGCAGAUCUUUUGCUCCCCAAGAGAAGACCAAGGCGGGGCGCCUUGGUAUGCCUCUCCCAGUGCACAAGGUGGGCCACAAGUUCCUAGACAUGGAACAGACACCGUGAGACUAGAAAUGGACAUCACUGAAUGAACCAUGUUUCCAGAGACUGAUAGUUCCCUACCUCACUGACCUCCCAACUUCAUGUUCUUUCUUUCUCUUAAAAAACCAAAUGAACCUUUUCUUCAAGAUGGUGCCGAAAGCGAAGAAAGAAGCCCCUGCCCCUCCCAAAGCCGAAGCUAAAGCGAAGGCCUUGAAAGCCAAGAAGGCAGUGCUGAAAGGCGUCCACAGCCACAAAAAGAAGAUCCGCACAUCGCCCACCUUUCGGCGGCCCAAGACCCUGCGGCUGCGAAGGCAACCUAAAUACCCCCGGAAGAGCGCGCCCAGGAGGAACAAGCUUGACCACUAUGCCAUCAUCAAAUUCCCCCUGACCACCGAGUCAGCCAUGAAGAAGAUAGAAGACAACAACACACUUGUGUUCAUUGUGGACGUCAAGGCCAACAAGCACCAGAUCAAUCAGGCUGUGAAGAAACUCUAUGACAUCAAUGUGGCCAAAGUCAACACCCUCAUAAGGCCCGACGGAGAGAAGAAGGCUUAUGUUUGGUUGGCUCCUGAAUAUGAUGCUCUGCAUGUUGCCAACAAAAUUGGAAUCAUCUAAACUGAGCCCAGCCAGCUAAUUCUAAAUAUACAUUUUUUCACCAUUAAAAAAAAUUAA